GCCAUUUUGUUUGUUGUUGUUUACAUUUGAAAAGCUGUUAUUUUAAAUUUUUGUCUGAAUUUUAAUUAAAUUCCUCGUUAAUUAAGCAAAUAAUUAAUAAAAAACCAAUCCUAAUUAAUAAAAUGUCUGAAAAAAUCGACCCCAAGUCAGUUUUGGUGUAUUUAAACGAACUAGGCUACACAGAUAUUGACGCCCAACAACUAAAGGAGUUUAUGAAAGACUUGAAAAAAGUCAUCAAAUCCGAUAGAAAGACCCCAAACAAAGAAAACAAACCCCCAAAACAAAUUGCAGUUCACAUCUACAACAAACCGGCAAAAAUUGAGCCCCCUAAUGUCAAAGCCCCCUCAAAACUCAGCCAAGGAAGCACCAAAACACAAUUUAUCCGUCAAAAAUUGCCUUUAGGCAACUUAAACAAAUCAGAUCCAGUUGCCUUGUACCAUUUCUACCAAUCCGAAUGGAAAAGGACGAAAAUUCCAGGCCAGGACAGCAGAGACGAGCUCAGGUGGGCCAUAAGGGCUCAAAUGUUGAGCGGCCCCAAAGUUGAGGUUAAGGCAAAGACAAGUGUCACAAGGUGCCCUUGGAGCAGAUUCCUGUAACAAAAAUCAAUUGAUGUAUAUACGAAUAACAAUUUAUUUUUAUUAUUAAUGAAAAGUGACAAAUAUAUAAACAUAUAAAGCAAGUGACAAAUAGAAAAAUCAAUAAAACUGUUAAUUGAUUAAAUUGAAUAAGCGCCAUCUAUCAAGGAGCGGCCAAAACUGUAAUUACCAAAAAUCAAAAUUAUGAGUUACAGAUUCCUGUAAUACAAUUUGUAUUGAAAAUUUAAUAUUUAAAGUUAUUGAUAACUAAAUUUGAUAAUAAUGUAUAAAUUAUUGAACAUACAGUGACUCUAUUACCACAGUGGCGACAAUUGCUGUGUUUUUUUUUUUGAUUGUAUAUCUCCUAUAUUUUUAUAUGGAAAACGCCGCCAUUUUGUGACCAACCUCUUGAGCGCCAUCUAUCAAACAAAAGUCAAAAUUAUUUGAAAAACAUUACCACUAUUACAGAAACCUGUAAUCUUUGUAUCUAUUUAUAACAUAAACUGAUAUUUGGGAAUUAAAAAAAAAAAAUGGCAAUUUGUUUAUUUAAUUGUUAAAUUCAGACAAAAAAAAAUCCCUAAUUCUAACCUCAAAAUAGUCCUUAAUCCUAACCUCAAAACGCGUACCGCGUCCUGACAUCUUCCAAUUUCUUGGACACCUCCGCGGCGGUUUUGUCCAAAUCCUGCGCGAUGCUGCGCUGCUUUUGCGGCUCCAACGCGUUGUACUGCUCGCACAAAUCACCAUCGAUGACGUUUUUGACCGGGAAAUAAUAACUCCUGUAGGACAAGUGAUCGCGGCCGCCUAGCGGCGCAUUUUCGCUGCGCAUGUGCAUUUCUAAAUGUUGAAAAAAGUCAUGAUCAUCGUGAGACGUAAAAGGGACCAAAACUCCAAUGGUACCGCUUAAAGUGGCAUAGAUUAGAGACUCACUGCCGCCAGGGAUUAGGGUGGUUUUUUGCAACAUUGUAACAGUUUCGCCGAUGUGGAAUGUGGCAACAGUGCCUGCCUUUUGGGAUGCACCGUUUAAGAGGCCUCUGUCCCAUAAGGCCUUGUUGCCUGUUGGGUCUUCUUCGACGUCAUCGGUGACGUUUGACGGGAGGCGCAAAAUUGAGACGUUGCCAAACUUAUCUGCUGUUGCAAUUGAGUCAUAGUCAAGAAUGCAAGUGGCUGAAAUCCAUUUUGGAUGGGUGUCAUCUGCGAAUAUUAUUAGUUGGUUUUCGGCCCGUUUAUAUCUGACCAUGAAGACUGAUUCUUGGAUGUCUGCGCAAUAGAUUCUUUUGCCAAUGGCUUGAAUACUGACAAUUCCGUUAGGGAUGUGUUUGUUUUGGCAUUUGCGCAGAAGCUUCUUUUUUCCUAAAUCGUAUAGGCGCAACAUACGGCCUACGCCUACUAAAAGGCGGCCGUUGUAUGCGCAUAAGGCUGUAGGGACUAGCUGCGAUGGACUAGGGCUAAAUCAAAAAUAUUGAAAUUUCCCCAUUUUUUUCGAAAAUUUUGAAAUUCCUUUUUUUUUUUAAAAAAAAAUUGAAAUUCUCUCACUUUUUUUCAAAAAAAUGGGAUCUCUACUUUAAAAAAAAAAAAAAUUGUAAUUCUAAUUUUUUCAAAAAAUUUAGAAUCCCAUUAGUUUCUUCCGAAAAAUUC